AGGAAAUAAUGCCCUUACCAAAGAAUCAGCAAUCAGCUUCCAAUGGAGCAUCAAGAGAGAAAUGCCAUGAUGAAAGUGAAGAAGAAGGUCAAAAUGAAUCUCCAGAGUCAACAAAAACUUCAGAAAGAAGUGGAUCAUCUUCAGAUGAAUCAGAAUCUGAUGAAUCAGUGAUGGAUGAGGAGGAGUGUGAAAGACGAAGAAGUAGAAUUCUAGAGGAAAUGGCAGCUACAGAGAAGCAGUUCUUUCUAAUCAGGGAAAAACUAUAUGAAGAAAGAAUGAAGCAGGUUGAAGAGAAACUGGCUGAGGUGAAAACAGGGACAGCCAAAGAGUAUCUGGAACCUCUUGAGGAAUUGCAGGAUAAUAUGGGGGUUCGGAUUGAAGUUGCUGGUGUCUUGUGGCAGGUACGGCUUGCAGCUGCAUCCAUGCGACAUGAGGAAGAAGCUAAGGCUGCCAAGUGCUGCCAUGAGGCUGAGAAGAUUGACUUGUACAACCACAUGAAGCAAGACUUGGAAGAUCGAAUCAGGAAGUUGGAAGAGGAUCGUUUUAGUGCAGAGUUCAGUGAUUUUGGGGAGCUGAGAACUGUGCAGGGAAAGCAUAAAAACUCUGGGGGAACAGCAGGAAGGAGGGAAGGUAGCUCAGAUCCAGAAAUGACUAACAGACAAAAAGGGAAAAGGAAAAAGCCCACCCCUGUAUCUGGUCCUUACAUUGUCUACAUGUUGCGGGAUGAAGACAUCAUGCUAGAUUGGGCUGUUAUUAAAAAAGCUCUCCUAUCUUCAAAAACAUCUUCCCAAGGUGAACCAGAACUUAGGUGAUGCUGGAUUGGAAGAAAUUUCUAUGCCUGUGUUCUUCCCUUCCUCCAGAAAUGGAAUAUGUGAAUGUGAUAUUGAGUUUAUUGUGUACCUUUCCAUGUUGUUCCCUCCCACAUGGUCUGGAUUCUCAUGCUCUGCUGCUUUGAUGGAGGUGCCUACAAUGAAUUCCAGCCGAAAUACAAUUUUGAAUAUAUAAAA